UCAUCCAAAGAUUGAAAUACUUUACAUUUUCUAUUAUUAACUGCAACCGCCUACAAUCGAUCUAAAAGAAAAUAAACAUGGUGCAGUAAGUAGCAGGUGGAGAAUUUCGACAUAGCUGAAUUUCUUAGAAACAUAUGGAAAUUAGAAACUCCAGUUCACGAUAAUGGCAGCAGUUAUGAGUUCGUUCAUCAAGAAGGCAUUCAAGGUAUCCUCUUCAGUUAAUAGUCUUCUCUUCCGUAAGCACCUGUUACUGACCAAUGCUACUUUUUCCAUGGCUAUGGGUGUUGCUGGGGAUCUAGUGCAGCAACAUUACGAAAUUCUCACAGACAGAGAAGACAGCUGGAAGCCUGUUAGGACCUAUCAUAUGGGAGCUGCUGGCCUCACCACUGGAGUACUGACACAUUAUUGGUACAUUUUAGUAGAUGUAUUUAUACCUGGUUCUUCACUUAGAUGCAUUGUCAAAAAAGUCUUGUAUGAUCAGAUACUGUUCUCACCAGUCAACCUUACUGUAUAUUUUGGGACAGUUGCUAUCUUAGAAGGAUCCACGAAACAUUUAAAAGAUGAAUUGUUGGAAAAAGGAAAGAAGAUUUAUACGGCAGAGUGGAUAGUAUGGCCACCAGCACAAUUCAUUAAUUUUUAUUUAUUGCCAUUGAGGUAUCGAGUUCUUUUCGAUAAUUUUAUUUCAUUUGGUUUUGACAUCUAUUCACCAUACGUUAAAUAUAGGUGUAAAUUGAAAAAUGAUGCUGUAAAUGAUGAGUCAUAAAUAAAAAAAAAUCUUAAUUUAUUUUUUUAAA